AUGCUCGGUCAUCAUCAUCAUCAACCACCAGUGGCACCUCCCCCUUCCUCCCCUCUUGACUCUUUUAAUUUGAUGAGCCAAAAUGAUCUUGCUCUCAUCUUGAAAGAUCCAGAAGCUGUAUCGCAAUUCAUUGCUCGUCUUACCGAUGCCCAUGCUGAAAAUGCUGCUACCAGAAACACCAAACCGCAACUUUAUAAAACUGAAAUGUGUCAUUUUUGGGAAGAGCAUGGAACUUGCCGUCGCCAUAAGUGCUGGUUUGCUCACGGCAAAGAAGAGUUGCGCAAUCCUGAUCGUCACCCGAAGUACAAGACCAAGGUUUGUCAAACAUUCAGCAAGACUGGUCGAUGUGGCUAUGGUCAGCGUUGUGUCUAUAUUCAUCCACGCUACAGUGCUGGACUCCAUCCAGGCAGCAUCAAUACCACUGCAGAUGCAAGUCAAGCAUUGGUCAAUGCAAAUGGAGGCCUUUCAGGAUUAUUGGAUCCUUCCUCUAGCGUAUGGCACGAUGUCAUCCUUGCGGCCGCACAUCGUUCUUCAGGCUUAUCUGGAGCUGGGAAAGGACAAGAGAACAAGCAAAUUGCUGGCAAUACACAACAAAUCAAUCUAUCUGAUUUGCAAAAUGCAGCACAACAAUCAGUCUUGAUCCCGAGCACGCCUUCAUAUCGUUCACGCGAACCGAUGGCUACUCCAAUGUCAUCUUCUCCUGAUUCGCUUCUCUCAAGCUCAAGCACGAUGGUGAUGACGCCAACAACUGCUGUAAGUCAUUCCCCGACUUCUUCCACAUCUUCUACCAGUGGUAAAUAUUAUGCCUUGCCACCUUGGCGCAUCGAAGCAAAGCCUUUGAAGCAACCGAACUUUGAUGACUUCAAAAAUGCAAAUGCGCCGCAUGCUAUCCCGGCGAAACAAUCUCCUCCUCGUUCAGGGAAGGAAGCAGUAGAAGAUGUCUUCUACUCGCCAAAUGGGUUUGAUCAGCAACGCCAAUCCCAAUCUUGGAAAUCGACCGUUAAAGGACAACAAUCUUCACCGGGAAGUAGUGUACAACAAACAAAUCCCCCGAUGUUUGACGACAUCGUCUUUGACGAUAUCUUCAAGAUUGGUGCACGACAAGCUAAUCCUUCAACCGAAGAAGACAUUUUCAUGAUUGAGCAUUGA